CUGCGGGUCUGGGGGGGCUGGAGGCGGUGGCGUGGGUGCUGCGGGGGCUGCCCAUACACUCACAAGACACGCAGGCCCAAGUGGACGAGACCGACCUACCUCCCGAUGAGGUGGUGUUCGCUCGACUGCCGCACUUCUCCGACAUGAUGGAGCGACUCAUGGGCAACAGCUGCUUCAAGGAGGCGACCUCCCUGGUGGAGGUGGUGGUGGCGGUGGCCAGACUGCUGCCGGAGGGGGCGCAGCGGGCCGUCAGCGAUGUGUGUGGGGAGCUGCUGAAGCAGGAGGAGCCACUGGUGACCCACGGGUCGCUGGUGCGGGCGCUGGUGGCGGCGCAUGCCACACUGCGAGGCACCCAGGACCUCGCCGCCCUGCUCGUCAUCGCCACACACGUGCAGGACGUGGUGGGAGCUGCGGGGCAGGAGACGCAGCUGCAGACCGACACCCCCGCAGCGCUGCACGAGGG